AUGCCCAUCGCAUGCAGACAGGGGGACGGUGGCCUGGUGCAGCGGCUCACACAGCCCCUCACGUCCCCGAGCCCCGCGGGUCCCGCAGCCCCUCACGUCCCCGAGCCCCGCGGGUCCCGGGCCGCCCCGUGCGGCUGCGCUGGCGCUCGAGGCCGCCAGGCGGCGCCGGCGCGCAGCAGAGGCCGCGCGUGCCCCGUGCGGCCCCACGGCGCGGCCAUGGCGGAGCGGGCCGGGCCGGGCAGCGCCGGGCGGGCGGCGGGCGGCGGGAAGAUGUCCCUGCACAGGUGUGAAACCUGUAGCAAAGAAGAAGCUAAGUACAGAUGUCCACGAUGCAUGAAAUAUUCGUGCAGCCUGCUGUGUGUCAAGAAACAUAAGCUUGCACUGAGCUGUAAUGGAGUCAGGGAUAAAACAGCAUUUAUCUCUGUAAAUGAAUUCACUGACUUGAACCUUCUGAGCGAUUAUCGUUUCCUGGAAGAUGUAGGAAGGACAGCUGAUGCUGCUGCUCGACAUUGCAUUGUGCAUAGUCCAGCAACAAAAAGACUUUUAUACUGCUUGAGGAACAAAGCUCGAGGGUGUAAUAUUGAGCUAAAAACACUGCCUGUUGGAUUUACAAAAAGAAGAGAAAAUUCUACCACCUUCAAUUCUGUGGAGAACAAGUUCUACUGGCAUUUGAAGCUCGUAUUUCCUCACUGUCAUGCUGAAUACACUUUAAAAGGGGUGCCUGAUGAUAAAACUCUUGCUGAUAUCCUCAAGCCGUACAUUGAUCCAGUGGAGUCAGAUCCUGUAGUUUGUCAAAGAUUAAAAAUCUAUACAGCAUCUCCUCAGUCAGAUGUACGAAUUUUGAUGAAGAUAGAAAACAGAAACCGAAACUCUGUCAGGUACAAUGAACUGGAUGCCAGUAGAAGCCUUCUAGACAAUCUGAAAGGCAAAGUCAUAAUUGAAUAUCCAACAUUAUUUGUGGUCUUGAAAACACUGAAGAAUGAUAUGGUGGUUCUUGGCCAAGAUGGCAGUGAACCUGCAGAGAACUCAGACAGUGAAAGCUCAUCCCUGUCAUCUGUGGAAGAAGGGGAGAUUCGGGACAGUUCAUGACAGUUCACUGAGAGAAGGGGGUGGAAUGAGCUUUUAUUUUUUUAAUUAUUUAAUUAAAUUUUUUAAAUACAACUAAGUUCCUAGAGGUUUGACUUAACUUCUUUUACUAAAGGUAGCACUCUCAAAGUGCUUGACUAUUUUUUGAUUUAAUAAUACAUAUUUAGAGAUGUAAAUAAAAGGGUGAGGAAUUGUGGUUCCAGAAAAAAAAUCUAAUUUAGUUGCAGUCUUUAAUUGUGCCAUUGUUUUUCCUUCUUCCCUAACCAGCUCAGUCCCAAAUUUUUGGGUUUAAAUAUCUGCUCACAUAUUUGUAUUUAUAUGUGGAUUUGAGUAUUAAUGCUUAAAUUUACUGGAAAAAAUAAUACAGUUUUUUCAUUAGGUCAAUUUCCUUUUACAGUAUUUCUGCGUUACACUGAGCUGCUGAAAAUGGUCUUUUGUUACUUUUGGUUUUCUCUGGUGACAUUUUGGGUGCUUGAUGCAAUUUUUUGGGGUUUUUUUUGUUCCUUACUUGGUUGCACCUUGUUUCGUGUGUUAGUGGACAGGUCAGAGUGUGUUUUCAGAGUCACAUAUUGCAAUGUGUUUAGUAGUCUCUCCAGAUCUUCUAAAUUAGCAUGAGUUUUUAAAUCCAUAGUAAUGGAUGCAUAGACUGGCAGUAAUGCAAAUAACACUGGACUUCUAAAGAAUGCUUGUGUUAUGCAUCUCAUGACAUACCGAAUAACAUAUUUACAAUACCUACUGAAGUUAGGUAUUGUAAAUACUUGCAUAUUUACUUAGCUAAAUUUACCUACUUAAAAACAAAUAAAUCAUAAAGGAAAAAAAAAA